AUGAUUGGAGCUCAGUACUACAAUCUAAGAGAUUGCCGUUGCUUUCUAUGUGGUAAUGUUGGCCACGUUAGUGCCUAUUGUCCAUUUGAAGACGACUUAUUCAACAAAAUUGCUUCUGCUCCGGCUUGUUAUAAAUGUGGUUUAACAAAUCACUCUUCUAUCAAUUGUCCAAAUUAUACGGAAGAUCGGCGCUGUUAUAAAUGCCAUAAAGUAGGCCACUUAGCGAGCCACUGUACAGAACCGAGAAGAAACACCUAUCUUCAAGAUGGUCAAUAUUAUAGCUGCAACGGAGCUAGCCAUUUAGGAGAAAAAUGCAAAGACCAAAAAGGAGAUACGUAUCUUCAAAAUUGCAAGAACAGAAAUGUUACUAUUACUUCUAAAUCUUUAAUGGAAAAAUUAUCUCCGCAACAUGAAAAAAAUGAGGAGGUAACACCACAAACUGGAAAUAAUCUAGAAACGAUAUACAAGAAAAUUGACGACAAUGCACAAACUAACAAAUCGGAGGAACUGCUUCGUGAAGAAAACCUUCACAAAAGACCUCGACUGGAAAGAGAAGUGCAUGACAAAUUGCAAACUGAUAGAAUGUAUAAUAAUAACUUAUAUACACACGCAGAUGAAAGUACGUGUUUUAAGCCAAUACUGAUUGCAGAAGAUACGUUAUUAAGCCAUAAACCCGUAACCGAGCAAGUACUUGAUAAACCAAUGACGCAUGGUAAGGCGAUCAAUAAUCGAAACAAUGGCUUAAAUUAUGAGAAUUUGCAAGGCACCAAGGCUGGAAUAAAUAAGUUAACGCGUAUCACAGAAAGUAGCAUUUCGAAAAAGGUUGAUGAGGAUGUACAAUGUUAUCGCUGUAAAGGCCGAGGACAUUACGCUCGCGAUUGCCGGAAUAUAGUGUGUUACCGUUGUGGAAGUCGAGGACACUACGCCUACACUUGCAAAAGUUUGGUUUUUAAGAAGUGA